GAAAACAACUUGCAAAGCAAUGGCAGACUCGGCUCUCUAUACGUACAUUCUUGCAGCCCUUGUUGCCAUCUUGCUCUAUAGAUGGCGAUUCGUCAAUCUUUAUGACAUUCCUACCAUUGGGCCGUCGGUACCUUUCCUGUCUUACAUAGGUGCGAUUCGCCUAUUGAGUCAUGCGAAAGACAUGUUACAAGAAGGCUAUCAGAAGCAUAAAGGUGGAAUAUUCAAGAUUGCUAUGCUGGAUCGUUGGCUCGUCGUCGUCAGUGGUCCGAAGUUGGUAGAAGAACUUCGCAAACUCCCUGAUGAACAAGUUUCUUUCCUCGAAGCAGCACAGGAUCUGGUUCAGAUGAAGUACACAUUCGGGCAUGAAGUGCAUGACGAUCCAAUCCACGUUGAAAUCAUCCGUGCCCACCUGACUCGACACAUCGCUAGCAUCUUCCCGGAUGUCCGAGACGAGAUAGUCUCUGCAUUCAACGACCAUAUUCCUGCAACUUCCGAUCAAUGGAUGCCUGUCUCUGUUCUCCCGGUUAUGCAGAACAUCGUUGCGCGAGUAAGCAAUCGGGUCUUUGUUGGGCUGCCAAUGUGUCGACAUGAGGAAUACCUCAGGCUUGCCAUCACACAUACCAUGACGGUCGCGCGAACAAGGAACUUACUCACCUGGUUCCCGGAACCUCUCAAACCGAUUAUCGGCUUCUUCGUGAACGAAUCGAGGCGUGGCUUGAAGCAUGGUAAAGCGUACCUCGGACCCACAAUUCAAGAUCGCUUGAACAAAAUGCGUGACUUCGGAGCCGACUGGUCAGAUAAGCCUGACGAUAUGCUGCAGUGGACGAUCGACCUUGCCACGGACAAGGGAAAAGGCAUAGGUCAGAUCGUCCAGUAUGUUCUCCUCACCAAUUUUGCAGCCAUUCAUACUUCAUCAAACAGCUUCACUCAGGCGUUGUACCACCUCGCCGCUAACCCCGAGUAUAUCAAACCUCUACGUGAAGAAGUCGACACUGUGAUUAAGGAAGAAGGGUGGACCAAAGUCGCGAUGCAGAAGCUCAAGAAGCUUGACAGCUUCAUGCGCGAGUCUCAACGUAUGAACGGCAUUAAUGGUAUUUCACUCAUGCGUAAGGCCAUGAAGGACAUCAGAUUCUCAAACGGAUUAUUCAUCCCUGCAGGAACUAUGAUCGUUGCUCCUGCAGUCGCUAUGCACAUGGAUGACGAGAACUAUACUAACGCGGAUGUCUUCGAUCCUUGGAGGUUUUCAGAUCUACGCGGCGAGGAAGGCGAAAUCACCAAGCAUCAGUUCGUCAGUACCUCCGUGGACUAUAUUGCCUUCGGACAUGGGAAGCACGCGUGCCCUGGUCGGUUCUUCGCUGCGAAUGAAUUGAAGGCGAUGCUGGCACACACGGUGAUGAACUAUGACGUCAAGUUCGAGAAUGAAGGGGUUCGCCCUCCCAAUGUGUGGUUUGCCACCACGGUAUCCCCGGAUCCCACUGCGAAGGUUCUUUUUAGGAAACGUCAAGACUGUUUCUAGAAUUUGUUACCGAAGGAUAUUGUGCAGACUCGUAUAGGCUAUGAUACAAUGACAGUCGUACAAGCAGGACAGAAUGAUGAUCAUCCAAAUUCACACAUUC